AUGAAGAAGGACAAGUCGGGCAGUCUCCAGCCGCAGCCGCCGCAGCCGCCGCCCCGUCGCCGCGCGGCGUCCAACUACCAGACGGUCGAAGACGUGGCUGCACGACGCGGUGCGGCCGCUGGCCACGUGCCGGUGGCGGCCAAGCAGUCGCCCGCGUCGCGCUCGGGCGCGUUCGAGCUCCUGCAGGCCAAGUUUGGCUUCCAAGACGGCAACGUGCGCAACCAGAAGGAGCACUUUGAGGUGUGGCUGCUCAACUACGAGUCGCGGCUGCUCGCGGGGCCCGUGACGCCGCAGGACACGGCUGCAGCCGUUGCAGCGAUCCAUGCCAAGUUUUUCCGCAACUACGUCAAGUGGUGCGAGUUCCUCCGCACGCAGCCGUUUCAGCUCGACACGGCGCCGUAUCCGGACGCGGCCGAGCGGCAGAUUGCGCUGUUUCUGCUCAUUUGGGGCGAGAGCGCCAACUUGCGCUUCAUGCCCGAGUGCCUGUGCUUUGUGUACCACAAAAUGGCCGCCAAGCUCGACGGCCUCGAGCACUUGCCGAACGCAGCUGAAGGCACGUUCUUGUGCCGCAUUGUGCGCCCGCUGUACGCAGUUGUGGCCAAGAUGCGCGACAAGACGCUCAAGAAAAACGGCGCGGCAGUGGACCACCAGCACGUGACGAACUACGACGACGUGAAUGAGUUUUUCUGGACGGAAACGUGUCUCUGCUUUGACGAGUUCUCGGUAGCCGAAGCCGUGAACCAGCCGAACUUUAAGACGUUCAAGGAACGGCGGAGCUUCUGCAACCCGAUGCUCGCGUUCUUUCGCAUUUACUUUUUCUUGGCGGUCAUGCUGCACGUGCUCGUGGUGAUUGCGUAUGUCGCGUACCGCUCGGAUCCCGACGACACGGCGGGCGUUGAGUUUUACGCCAACUUUUUCACGCCCGAUAUCGACGAUAUUCGCAAUCACGCGUUCUACUCGAUCUUGAUGACGGUCAGUGGUAUGCUGGCGCUCAAGGUUGUGCUGGACGUGUGGCUCGACUGCACGCGCAUCUUUAGCUGUGUGCUGUACGCCGUGUCGGUGUUUGUCCGGCUCGUGUGGCACACGGUGUUCUUUGGCCUCUUUACAGCCGUGAAUGCCGCUCCGUAUUCGACGCUCAUUGGCUCGAGCGACUUGAUCACGACGGCGCCCAUGCUUAUUGCUGUGUACAUGGCGCCGAUUCUGGUCGUGUCUAUCGUGCAGAUGUUCUUCCGACGAGUGAUUUGGAAAUCCACGAUUCUCAACUCGCUCGAUGGAACACGCGAGCAAUACAUUGGUCGCGAGAUGGGCCAGAGCUGGGGAGAUUUUCUGGGCUAUGGGACGUUUUGGACGGUCAUUUUUGUGUGCAAGUUUUUGUUCAAUCUGCAGCUCAUGGUCAAGCCUCUGAUUGGGCCGAGCGUCGAAAUUUAUAGUGUCGACAUUUCUGCCGCUCAAGCUGAGAAUGGUCUGAUUGAGUCGAAUCACAACAUUGCGUUUCUUGCGGCUAUGUGGACACCAGUGGUUCUCGUGUACAUCUACGAUUCGCAGAUUUGGCUUGCGAUUGCACAGGCUAUAGUGGGCGCAUGGAUUGGUUUCCGUCUGAAAAUCGGUCACUCGGCCCGCAUUAAGGAGUUUGUCACGCGUCUGCACGAGGCACCUGCACUCUUUGACGCGAAAGUGGUGUCUGCAGCGGCCCGCGGCCAGCUCGCGAUCAAUAAUAACCCGCUCUCGUCUAGCUCUAUUGCCCCUGAUGCAAACAGCCGUUUGCGCUUUGCUGUGGUGUGGAAUGAGAUUGUAAGCAGCUUUCGUUUGUCCGACUUGUUGGAUGACCGUGAGACUGCCAUUUUGCAUUACCAAAUUUCGGACACGGGUGCUGUCGAAGAGCCUGUCUUCUUGAUCGCUGGCGAGGCACAAGCGGCUGCUGAUAUUGCUGCACGGGCAAAAACCAAACGAAUGAGCGAUGCCCAAUUGUUUGCAGAAUUGAAGCGGGCUGGGGUAUUAGGCUGCGCGAAUAAUUGUAUCGACGUCUUGUUCCAGAUUUUGCGACAGCUUUUGGGUCCCCAGGACUCAGAAUUGAUCGGCUUGUUUCGUCAGAUCUUGACUGGAGGAAAGGUCAGCGGUGUCGUGGACCUUACUCACGUUGGGUUGGUGCGUGAAAACGUCGUCGAUUUGCUUGCAAGCAUCUUGGAUCUACCGGAGCCAACGGUGGUACCUAGUGGUAGCACUUUCGACCUUCCGCACGAGCAGGCGUUGGUCAUUGUGCAGCGUUUGGAUGCUCUGUUGAAGAGCAUUGAACUCAUGCUGGAGCAGGAGCCGAUGGCAGAAAAGCUGCGCAAGUCAGCGUUCGCUCAGGUGACGCCUGAUCUUACCUACCAGAAGGAACAGCUGGUGUCGAUAUUUACGGACCGCAUUAGCCAGCGCGAUUCCAACUCACCAGCGCGCACGACGUCACCGGGUUCGAAUGAGAGCGUGGUGUCGCUCUCCACGCGCCUGUUUUUUUUGCUGACGUUGGACGCUGCGGAUGCGCUGCCCCGCUGCCACGAAGCCCAGCGCCGAAUGAGUUUCUUCCUCAACUCGUUGCACAUGAAGAUCCCGACCAUUGACUCAAUUGCGGCGAUGAAGUCAUUUUCCGUGGUCACGCCGUACUACAACGAAACGGUGCUUUUUUCGAUCGACGAGCUCAACGAGCGUGUGGACUCGAAUCCGCUUUUCCGCAAGGUGGAGCAGAAGGGUCGUGAUCUCAGUAUUUUGAAGUAUUUGAUCACAUUCCACGACGACGAAUGGGGCAACUUCCUUGAGCGCGUGGGCGUGGCUUCCAUGGACGAGGCUCUGGCUGAGACGCCGACGCAAGUCCGCCUUUGGGCAUCGAUGCGUGGACAAACACUAGCACGCACGGUACAUGGCAUGAUGAUGUACGAAGAUGCGCUGAAGAUGUUGCGGUGGCUGGAGAUCGGUUCGGACGAGAACAUCUCCCACUUGGAAAAGAUCAAGCAUAUGGAUCGCAUUGCAGGUUUGAAGUUCUCGUAUGUGACGAGUUGUCAGAUUUACGCCGAUCAGCUUGCGGCAGGAGAUUCGCGUGCUGCGGAUAUCGACUUGCUGAUGCGCAAGUACCCGAAUUGGCGGGUGAGCUACGUCGAUACUAUCCGCGAUCCUUCCGGAAACAAUACAGAACCUCGGUUUGAUUGUGUACUGGUCAAGUCGGAUGGUGAUGAGAUCGUCGAAGUGUACCGUUAUGAGCUGCCUGGCAAUCCAAUGGUUGGAGAGGGUAAGCCGGAGAAUCAGAACAUUGCUCUCCCUUUCACUCGUGGUGAGUACGUGCAAACGAUCGAUAUGAAUCAGGAGCACUACUUUGAAGAAGCUCUCAAGAUCCCGAACUUCUUAGCAACUGCUACUGCAAACGGACAAGAUGUUACCAUUAUCGGUAUGAAAGAACAUAUUUUCACCGGUCGAGCAUCGUCACUGGCACAUUUCAUGACGUUGCAAGAGUUGGUCUUCGUGAGUCUGACGCAGCGCGUGCUGGCCAACCCUCUUCAGAGCCGUAUGCACUACGGCCACCCGGACGUGUUUGAGAAGUCGUUUAUCAUGUCUAAUGGUGGCGUGUCGAAGGCCAGUAAGGGCAUCAAUUUGUCCGAGGAUGUGUUUGCAGGCUAUAAUGUGGCACUGCGUGGCGAGAAGGUUACUCACCAAGAGUUUAUGCAGUGCGGCAAGGGUCGUGACGUGACCUUGAGUCAAAUCAACGCUUUCGAAGCCAAGCUGUCGAACGGUAGCGCCGAGAGCUCGUUAAGUCGCGAGUCGCACCGAAUGGGCGCUGGUAUGGAUUUCUUCCGCUUGAACUCUAUGUUCUACGGUCACAUGGGUUUUUAUAUUUGUAACGCACUGGUGGUGCUGUGUGUGUUCGCGUACGCGUACGGCAAAGUUUAUAUCGUGCUGCACCAAGAAAUCGAAGAGUCUGCCAUUAUCACGACGAACUAUUUGGACGAUUUGGCAGAGGUGAUGAAUACGCAGUUCAUCUUCCAGUUUGGUAUGCUAAUGACCAUUCCUUUGAUUGCCACGCUUUUUGUCGAGUACGGGUGGCAUCAGGCGGUUGUCAACUUCGUGGAGCUGGUUGUGACUCUCGGUCCAGUAUUCUACAUCUUCGAGACGGGUACAAAGUCGCACUUUUAUGACAUCGCCAUUAUGCGUGGUGGGUCGAAGUACCGUGGUACGGGUCGUGGCUUUGCUAUCGUUCGUGAAACGAUGGUAAACUUUUACAAGGAGUAUGCUGCCUCGCACUACCGCAAGGCUGUGGAACUGGUGGGUCUGAUGAUCAUCUUUGGUAUAUUCGGCAACUUCAACAUUGGUACGAAUGUGCUGUCAGAGUACUGUGCUACCGCGGACUUUGACUGCGACGCAAAGCCGGACCUGAUUCCAUCGAACAUCACGCUUUUGGACUCGUACAGCUCGAAGGGUCAGGACUACGGCAUCGCUUCGUUUGCUGUAUGGUUGCUUGGCACGUGCUGGCUCCUUGCGCCGUUUCUGUUCAACACAGAUGGCCUGGAUUUCUCGAAAACACGAGUGGAUGUAACCUACUGGCUCUCGUGGCUCAUGUCGGUAAAGGAGGAAAACGACGACGAACGAGUGCUGCUGAACAACAUAAGUGGCAAUCAGUUGGGCUCGACAGACACUUGGAACGACUUUUACGACUACGAAGCCAAUCUCAUGUACCCAGUUGGUCCGAUGAGUCGCUUUGUCUACGCCAUUCGCGAACUCCGCCAUCCGCUGGUGAUGUACUACAUCUUCAUCUACUCGUUUAACCUCAGCGACAUUGGAAUGUUGUUGGCGGGCGUUGGUGCUAUUGCCGUUCUGUUGUGGAUUGGCGGCUUUUGUAUAGGGAUGUGUCUGCGCAACAAGGCUCGUGUCCCGCGCGCCAUUUUGUACGUGUUGAUGGUGGUGCUGGUUGCUCUGUCGCCGUUCAUCGUGGGCUCUACGCAAGAUUGGGACGGUAUCCAAUGUUUCUCGGUGACGGUGUCCAUGUUCGCUGGACUUUUCUCGCUUCUGCACUACCUGCAACUGAUGCACGGGUUAUUUGGACUACCCGUUGCUAAGUGGGGUCUCGUGCGUGAACUUGCGUUUCUCUUCGACGUGGUAGUCGGUCUCUUCCUGGCACUCCCGCUUUUGGUGCUGUCGGCGUUCCCGUUCAUGAAGACGAUACAGACUCGAAUGAUGUACAAUGGUGGUUUUUCACGUGCACUGGGCUCCGGCAGCGAGUUUGCUGCCUCGUUGAGCGUGGUCGUGGGCGGCCUGGGUGGUUUUGCGUAUGGCUGGUUGACGUGCCUGAUCUUUUCGCUAGGGUACGUGAACUCGUCAUCCGACAACUUUGUAAACCAGUCGUUUGUUUACUACAACAACGAGACGCUUGGCCGCGCGUUGGAUUUGGGUUUGAUCAAGGUGUACGCUGCAGUUGCAGGUGCAGCUGGAGUCCUCCUGAGCGGCGGUCUAGCGCACGUCAUCGGCCGUCGAUGGACAAUCGAGGUCUCGUGCGCAGUAGUUUUCGCUGGUUGUGCGCUUGUGUGGCUGGAGUCGAGUUCGAUGGCACUGAUCGGUAUCUGCUUAGCAUCAGCCGGCAUCGCGAUGCUUUCGCUCGUGUGUCCGCUGUACAACUUUGAAAUCUGUAUGCAAGGUUGGAAAGGCAAGGGUGUACUACUCUUCCUUACUUGUGCUGCGCUGGGCUACAUGAUUGAGUCGGUGCUUACCAACAACAUCAACGCCAAGACUAUGUCGGAAAACUGGAACAAUUCGCCGUACCACGACUGGCAGUGGCAAUUUGUCUUUGGGGCGAUCCCGAUCGUCCUGCUCGUGCCGUGUGCGUUCUUUCUCCCGGAAAGCCACUACUGGGAAUACCGUCGCAAGACAGAUUCCAAAGCUGCAGAGGCUGCGCUUGUUCGCUUGCGCCAGCGUCACGAUGUUUUGGAGGAAGUGAGCGAGAUGAAAGACUCGUUCGUGGUCAAGGACGGCCGUGUGAACUUAAUGUUCCGAAUUGUUCUGGUGGUCGUGCUCCAAGUGACUUUUGCACUUUUCACUUCCGGCGCAUUGCUGUACCGCGUCCUCGUGCAGCCGACGCCCAGCCAGGCUGGCGCACAGACAUCCAAGUGGGCAAUCUACUACGGCACCACUACUUUCGUGGGCACCGCGCUGAGUUUGCUCACGGUGGAUAAUCUGCGGCGUAAGACUAUUUUCAAGGAUGUGCUUCCGUUCUCGGCAGCGGUAUCGGUCGCAUGUGGUGCUUUGGGACUGGCAGAUCAUGAGGGGGGUAGCACCGUGACGCAGAUCUUGGUAUGCGUGGCUUUUGUUAGCGGGACCUUGAGUCUUACGUGCGGCACGUGGCUCACUGCGAUCGAGGUGUUUCCGCCGUACCAGAACGGACGCUACAUCACCAUGUCCUUUGUUGUGUACUACGCCGUGCAGGCGGCGAUCUACGUCGCUGAGCCGUCUUUUGCCAUCAGCCACUUCGUCUUCGCCGGACUGUGUCUACUGCUCACGGUCUUCAUGUUCCUCGUGUGCGCCAGUUCCAAGUACGGCGCUAUUGAGCUCAAGAGCGAGAAGAAGAAGCGCAAAGACGCCGAGGCCACGCGCAACGCGCCGUCGUACAUGGCCCGCGUCUCCCGCUCGCAGAAUUUCCUUCGGUCGCGCUCGCAGGUGCAGCGCUCGUCGUCGCGCUACUCGGCCGUGGAUCAGACACCUCACGAAGGCAGCUACUCGACUAUGGAUUCGCCCGUGGGUUUGAAAGCUGCAAAGGCAGUGGCCGCCGCGCACCCGACGGCUCGCAAGAAUGUGUAG